CUUCACCUGCUAUCCGGGACGGCUGGACAGGCAGGCCAGUAGAUGGAGCUGCAGACAGAUGCUGCUGUGUGUCCGGCCUCUGGGGCCACUUCCCAUUUGAGGGACACAGGGACCAACUCGCAGGGCGACUGUGACAUUGUUGUUCGUCUGGAAAUUCGGAAAAACAUGCAGACUGCUAGUCUCAUUGUGGGUGGCUUAGGAAGCUUAAUAGUGGAUGUGUCUCUGAGCCCGUCAUUUUUACAGAUACAAACUUCUGAGCAGCGCGAGAGGUUCUGUAUCCCAGCAGAUGUGAAGUUGCUUCCUUCAUCUUGCCGUUUAAUGCAUCAGAUUGCUGGAGAAGGAUUAUACAUGCAGCUGAAGGUGGAAACUGCCAACAAUACAGACAUGCCUCUAUUGCUGAAGGAAAUCCUGAAGAUUCAGAAUAACUACACUUUUUACUGCCAGUCAUGCGGAGAGGUCAUAAUCAAAGAACAACAAUUCUUUAGAGUUCUUCCACUACCUGGUGAAAACUGGAGCUCCCUGAUUGAAGAAUGGUGCUGCCAUCCUGAUCCCUUUGCCAAUCGCAGUUGCUUGCCCAAGGUGAACGACUGUUUUCUCGGAGACACUUUCCUUUUGUUGAAUACAGCAAAUAUUUCAGACCCCAUUGUAGAGAAUAAUGAGAAGUCAUCUGUUCCUCGUUUGGCUGAUGCUAAUGCCUUGAAAUCAAAAGAAAAUACUAAAGUUAUUUGCAAACGAUGCAAGGCAAUGCUGGGAGAGAAAGUGUCAUCAGAUGCUAUCAAGUACUAUAUCACAGAAAUAAUGAUUCACCCAUCAAGCCAAGGUUAUUGCAUGAUAUCAAGAAUGCAGUUUUUGGAAAGUAUUUUAGUGCGGCUUCUCAUGGAACACUCUAACUGUAGGAGUACUUUUAGGUUCUGCAUUCAAGAGUCAGAUGGCAAGCACUUUCUUUUGCUUUGGCUUUUGAAUACGGAUACAUUAUUGGUGGAAUCACCAAGAAAGCCAGGGACUCAGAAUAAUUGUUUCUUUUCUGACAAUAAUGUCAUGGCUUCUUCAAGAGCCCUAGAGGCAAGAAAUGCUAUGCGGGUACUCUUCCUACCUUGCUCGGAAAACAGGAACAAACAGCUUGCUGAUAAGUGGAUGAAUGAUACUGGUGCUCAUCCAUUAACAUUCCCUCUAAACACAUGCUUGGAACUUAUCCUGCUGCUGUCACUCAACAAUACAUCCUUGCCUAACUCCCUGCGCUUCAUGAAUAACUGGCAGGUUUCUUAUUUGAAGAUGUGAAGAUUACCUAAACUGCUUUAUAAACUCACACUGCAUAUAACAGCGUUUCCCAGCAAAACACAACAAAUGAUGUUAGCUUCUGGUGGAGUCAGUCAUGUUGAUUUGUAAAUGUUGGCCGAUAUUUAGGUAUUGUAGGAAAACUGAUAUUUCUACGGUAUCAUAUAUAAUUUCCACUCUCAUAGUUUUCAAAGCCAAAUGUUGUUCAUGGGACCCCGAAAUGCAGAAUAUCAAUAUACUAAAAUAAGAAGAAAAUGUUAUCAUUAAAACAAAAACAAGGUGUUUGAAAAAUAUUUCUAUAAUAAAAUAUAUAUUUCUUUCUGUA